AUGAGUGUUGCACAGUUUAAGAAAAUUGAUACUUACGUGUAUGAUUUAUCUAACGAAGUUUUGGACUCACUGCAAUUGACUGGCUUUGAUGAAAACUUCAAAGAACUAGCCAUUGAAACUAAUUUGCCACUAGUCGCGCAGAAUGAACAAGAUAAGGCUUCUCAAGUGCUGCCACCGGAUCAAUUGGAAAGGUUGAAGACGAAACCCAUCUCGACAAAGUUGCAUUGUACCGUUUGUGAUUUGGACUUCGCAGACCUGGUAAACCAAAGAGCUCAUUAUCAAACAAAUAUUCAUAUUCACAAUUUGAAAAGGAAGAUAUCUGGGCUGGAGGCAGUCACUGAGAGCGAUGUAAUAGCCAGCGAUAGUAGCCAGGAUGACCAAGCGCCUAGCGACGUGUCAGAUAUUGAGGAGGAGGAAACUGAGUCAGACGACAGUGAUGAUCAAAUUACUGAAACGCUCACCCAAAUGAACAUAACCCAGACAGAAACUGGGGAAGCUUUUCCCCUCUCGCCCCAUCUAAACACAAUGUCCCCACAAAUUUACUUCAAUACAAAGUUACUCGCUGAAACAAACAAAGCGUUCGGGGUGUAUAAAGUUCUCUUUGAUAAGAGCGAACUCCUUCGCCCGGACUUGGCCUUACGAAAUUGGAAUAAGACUGUCGACCAAUCAGUGAGCAUGUCUGCGCUGUUCAUGGUGGGUGGUGGUCACUUUGCUGGUGCAAUUGUCAGUCACCAGCGGAAUAACGUUAAGGGUAAUGCCUCUAAACAGAAUAUAAGUUUCGAAGAACAGGGCGUGAACUUCUUGGAGCAGAAGACUUUCCACAGAUACACCACCAGGCGAAAGCAAGGUGGAUCCCAAUCUGCAAUGGAUAAUGCUAAGGGUAAAGCCCAUUCUGCAGGGUCAACACUGCGGAGGUAUAAUGAGGCAGCCUUGAAGGUAGACGUGCAAACUCUACUGAAAACAUGGGAGCCAUAUUUGAAGCAAUGUGAGAAUAUUUUUAUAAGAGCGAGAAGCGUGACAGACAGAAAGAUAUUUUACGAUAAUGGAGUUUUAGAGAAAAACGACCCAAGAUUGAAAACUUUCCCGUUCACUACCUCUAGGCCUACUGCCACUGAAUUGAAAAAAGCGUGGUGCGAGCUGACGUAUUUGAAAGUAUCUGAAAAACCGGCAGCCGUAGAGCCUAAAAAAUUUAGCAAACAGGUCCCUUCAGCCCAGAAGGUGAAAACUCCUGAGCCCGAAAAGACAUUAUCCCCUGAAGAAACACACACCAAAGAGUUGAUUCAGUUGGUGAAAAAGGGACGAGCUCCGCUGAUAAUUGCAUACUUGAAACGUCAUAACCUGACUGUUGAUUUCUCGUUACAACCAGCAUUUACAUACGCGAUAACACCGACCCUCCUUCAUUGUGCAUCACAACAAGGGCUGAAACAAAUGGUGACGAUCCUAAUGACCAAUAUGAAAGCAGAUCCUACCAUAAAAAACAAUAAAGGUAAAACAGCUUGGGAUUUAAGUCAAAAUGUGGCUGUCCAAAGAUGUUUCCAAAUAGCGAGACAAACCCUGGGCGAAGACUAUAAAAACUGGGAUGAAUCGCAUAUAGGUGAGCCCUUGACUAGAGAACAAGUAGAAGAGUUGAACAAAAGGGAAAAAGAGAUGGAGGAAAAUGAAAAUGCAGCUUUGAUCGAAAGGGAACUGAAAGCCUCUAAAGAGAGGCAGCAACAGGAGAAAGAUGCCGCAAGAGGGCCAGGGUACAAACUGGACCCUGCUGCUAACAUCUCAGAAACUGAAAGAAACUUUAAUUCCUUAACGGAGGAUCAAAAAAGACGACUAAUGAGGGAACAAAGAGCCAGAGCGGCAGAAGCAAGAAUGAAGCAAGUUAAAUAG